AUGGCGACGGCCGGGAGCGGCGAGGACCAGAGCCAGCUGGUGCUGAGAGGCCCGCCGCUGACGGAGGCGGAGGUGGCGGGGGCGGAGCUGCUCCUGGCGGCCUACCUCGUCCAGAAGCUGGCCGCCCACGGGGACCGCCUUCUGCAGGUGGUGGUGGGCCAGGAGUCGCGGGCAGACUGGGUGCUGCGACAGGCGGCGGCGGAGCUGUCGGCGCUGCAGAGGGCGGUGCCCAGCCUGCGGGAGGGCGACACCGUGGCCGUCUGCGUUGGCAGGUCGGCGCUCUUCGCCCCAGCCCUGCUGGCCACGCUCUGCUCGGGAGCCGUCUGCGCCGUCGUCAACGCGGCACUGCCUCACGAGAGCCUGCGCCAAGCCCUACAGGAGCUGAAGCCAGUAGCGGUGCUAUGCGAACCACAGGCCACCAAGUCCGUUUCCGACGCCAGGCCGACUGGCUGCCCCCUCCUGGUGUUGGGGACUGCCGAGGCGGUCCCUGAUGCUCAACACCAGCUAAUGAGCAGAGCCCAGGGGCUGCAGGGGAACAACACGGCCCCCGCCGUCGCACUCCUCACGUCUGGGACCACAGGACAGCCCAAGGUCAUCCGGAUACCUCGCCGCAACAUGGCCUUAGCGAUGCUCAUACUUACGCGCAGCGAUGCCCCUUUAGGGAAAGACGACACCCUGCUAUUCACAACCGGCUUCUUCUGGUUAAGCGGAACUCUGUUCACGUUCUGGAGCCUGGACACCGGAAUAAAGUGCAUCGUGACGCCGGAAUUCAACCUCCAGACUGUACUGGACUACAUCGAGAGAUCCAAGCCCACCGCCAUCUUCAUGCCGCCGAACCAGUGGGUAUCGCUGGCUCGCCAUUCUCCGGAAGGCCGACUGCGGCCGGCAAUGCAGCAGGUGCGUCUGUGCUUCACCGGAGGAGCCGCUCUCAACACGGAGACGCACGCGUGGGUGGAGGCGUGUACAGGCCGGCCGCUGGUGCAGUGGUACGGCCAGACGGAGGCCUUACCGGUGUGCAACGUGCUCGCCAGCCCUCACCGGCCGCCACCUGGAUCCGUGGGUCGCCUCCAUGCCGGAGUGCAAGCCAAGGUACUGGACUUGCAGACUGGAAAGUGUCUCGGUCCAGGAGUCGAUGGGGAGCUGUGCUUCAAAGGACCGACUAUCAUAGACGAAUUCGUGGACAAGGAUGGCUGGAUCCACACUGGAGACGUUGGUCACUACGACACCGAUGGAAACUUCUACGUCGUUGACAGAAUAAAAGAACUCGUCAAAUACCGCGGUGUCCACGGGAGUGACUGCUGA